AUGGCCGACAAAGACCACCCACAAGGUCAAACCCCCGCCGGGGGGGAGGGCCUCGUGCAGGAGUCCACUGACUUGCGAUGGGAGGGUCACCGCCUGCAGGGUUCCCACAUCGAGCUAAGCCUGCGGUUCGAAGACACCACUCGAACGCUGGAGAGCAAGGGGGACCGCGAGGCCCGGGCGGCGAUGCUGCGGCUGGCGAAGGAGUUCAAGCAGCUCAACGACGUCCUGGCGGCGAAGCUCGCGCGGAUCUCGAUGAUCAACCGAACCCUGGUGGAGAUCCUGAGGAAGAGCGAGGACGGGCAGGCCGCGCUGAUGAUGCGCAAGGCCGCGGAGUUGCUCGUGAAGGGGUUGGCGAACGCCGAGGAAGAAGUGUUCUCCCUCAAGGCCAAGGCCGGAGAGCUCGAGAGGCAGCGAGACCACUACAAGGCCCUCCUGGCGAGGACGAACUCCGAGCUAGACGUCUCCCGGGCUCACGCCCAGAUUAGCGAAGCUCUAGGAGGAGAACCGGCGGGCUCAUCCUCUUCGGGCGGUGGGGGGGCGGGG